CAACUGUUUUGAAUAUCUCUCUUUUUCACUGUAUUGGAUUAUUGUUCACUAUAUUUUCUUGAUUUAUUUUUAGAGUUCAAAAAUAUAACUAUUCUUAAAUAUUAAUUUAGAAUAUGUCUACAAACGAAAAAGAAUACUUUGGUCCGCUUACAUUACAUCAAAAAAGUGAAUUUCCAACUAUUUUCAAGAGCGACGAACAUAUUGAUUGUUCUUGUAUAUUAUGUGAAGAAAUUUUCAUUUUACCAGCUUGUGAGAAGCAAUUACUUACUCAUUUAUUCAUGGAACACCGACUUGUGAUAGCCGAUGUCAACCAAAUAGCGGAUUUGAAUGGAUAUCUUAAAUACUGGAGACUGAGAUUUAGAGAUCAAAGUCUACCAUAUUUUUGUACAACAAUGCUUCUAGAUAAUAAGCCAGAUGGGACAAAGUCUAAAAAUGAGGAAUAUUAUUUAUUAAGUGAUGUUUUGCCAGAAGAUAAAGAAUUACGUAUGAAUUUACAGCAAACUAGAUUGGAAAAGCUCCUACAGAGACACCAGUUUGAACGAGAAGAUAAAAAUUAUGUUAGAGAGUGUUUGUUUUGCCGUUUCAUAUCUACAACCACUAGGGCAGCUUACUUAAACCAUUUAUAUGAAAAACACAAUUUUCAUAUUGCCAAACCAGAUAAUUUAAUAUUUAUUGAUGAAUUAAUCAACACAAUUGCUCAAAAAUUAGAAAACCUGCAUUGUAUAUUUUGCGAGGGAUUAUUUAAGGACCGUACCAUAUUAAAAGAGCACAUGCGUAAAAAAGGUCACAAAAGAAUAAAUCCAGACAAUAAAGAGUAUGAUAGAUAUUUUCUAGUCAAUUACGUAGGUGAUACAGCACAAUCUAAAACCAACCAGAAACUCUGUAGCAAUAAGAAUCAAAAUCGAACUACACAAAAAAUUAAGAGAGAUUGCGAAGUAGAUUCUAAUGAGGAUAGUGAUCCAGAAUGGUCAGAAUGGACUGAAGAAAAUGGCCCACUGAUUACGUGUCUACUUUGUCAGCAUACAGAGAUGGAAUACGAAAAUGUUUUAAAUCAUAUGAUGCAACAACAUGAAUUUUCAUUUACGGAUGUGACAAAUGGUUUAGAUUUUUAUCAUAAAAUAAAAAUUGUAAACUAUAUUAGGCGUCAAAUACAUUUACAACAAUGUUUCUCUUGUGAUACUAAGUUUGAUGAUUUAAAAAAUCUACAGAAACAUAUGAAAGAUAUGAGACAUUGUACGCUAGUUAGAGAGAAGUGGGACCAACCGGAAUAUUACUUUCCCACAUACGAAGAUGAUCUAUUUUUGUGUUUUAUUCAAGAUGAUGAUGAAAGUUGGUGGUCGAGUGAUGAACAAGAGGUGAAUAAAAGGAAUAGUAUGUCAGAUAGCAUCUCAAAAGAAAUGGCUCUUGCUGUAUUAAAUGAUUGAAUUAUUGCAAGUAAAUAUUUACAGUUUUAGUAUGUUGAUGCUGAAUAUUGUUUAUUCUUCGUGGAAAUUUUCGUCAUUAAAUUCAUCUUUAUAAGUGAGAUUAAUUUGGUACCAAGUUCUCUUCCAUAAGUCUUUUAUUUUAUUGCAUAUUUUUUAUUAGUUAUAGUAUGGUAAAAUUACUCAGAUUAAAAGAUUACUCUGCAAUAGCUGAUAAAUGUCUCUGAUUACCCAAUUAGGUUUAAUAAUUGAGUCUUUUAUUUAUAAAUCUUAUUAAUAUAAUAAAAUUGUAGGUAGAUGUUUUCUGUAUAUAGGAAAUAUUUAAGAAAACUUAAUGAGGGCAAUAGAAGCCAGAAUUAUUAUUUAAUUUAGAAUUUGGUGUAUGUUUUAUCUUAAUUCACUAUCUAGAAAUGGUCAAUUAAAUUGCUAUUCCUACUUCUGAAAUCGACACAUGUGAAGUAAUAGACAAAAACUAGUAGUUUAUAAAUUUAAAAAAAGAGAUUUUUUUGCUUAUAAUGACAGCUUAUAGUUUAAUAUUGAAAGGCUGUUCUCAUACUAUAAUACACCUUCAGAGUCAAGGCAGGAAACACUGGUUGCUCACAGUGCCUCUGCUUUUCAACAGACUUUAAAAAUAAGCAGGUUCUCAUACAUACAUUCAUAUCUGUUAUGCCUGUCUCCCAUUAGGGUAGGCAGAAACAAUGGAACGUCAAAUGGUUUGAUUCAAACAAGCCUCUUUCGCUUUCAAUCAAUUUGGUUGUAUUUCUUUUUUAUGUUUGUUACUUCAUAAAUUCGUCAAUUGUAAAUUGUUUUUGGAAAAUUCUUAUUGUCUGAAAAGAUGUACUUGCAAAUUGGUCUAAUGAGAAUCUUAUGAAAAUCGGUUGAGUAAUUUAGUUUUUAAAUAAAACUCCGCCAUAAUUUAAGUCAUUUUUGUUUGUGGAACAAAAUUUAAUUCUAGAUAGGUACAGAAUAAUAUUUACGAGUGUAAGAAAUUGUAAUUGUAAAUAUAUUUUAUUACAUUAUUAUACAAUAUUUUUCGUUUACAUGUAUAUGUAAUCAUAUGUUUUACUGAAAUUAUUGCAGAAAUAAAGAAGUCAAAUGUAAUUAUUAACAAAUUGAAAAAUAUAUUGAUUUUUUA